CUGACGGAGCAAAACAUACAAAAUACGAGAUCUCCUCCUGCGCUGUCAGAUUUUUUCACAUUUUCACGUAAGUGGUCGAGGGCGAAAAAAGCAAUACUUGCGUAACGGACAGGUUUUUAAAAAACAAGUCAACAUGGCUCAAAGAUUUAUUAAGAUUGAAGACGACCAUCCGCUAUAUUCAACAGCUCAUUUUAGUUUCCCACCGCAUUAUAAGGAUGAUAUCGAGUCUAUUCUUAUCCCGCACGGAUUAAUAACAGACAGAAUUGAAAGAAUGGCAAAAGACAUCCAUGAAGGUUUUGAAGCAGAAUCGAUGACAAUACUUUGCAUUUUAAAAGGAGGUUUUAAGUUUUGUCAAGAUUUAAUGCAUUUUAUUAAAGCCAUUAACAGAAAUUCGGGGAAAUCGAUUCAGUUAGGGUUGGAUUUUUUGAGAGUUAGGAGUUACAAAAACGAACAAAGUUGUGACAUCACAAUCGAAGGAAGCGAUGAUUUGACACGUUUAAAAGAAAAAAAUGUUCUCAUCGUCGAGGAUAUCGUUGAUACUGGAAGAACAAUGCAAAAACUGUUAGCUACACUUCAACAAUACCAACCAAAGUCGAUCAAAGUCGCAACCUUGUUAGUUAAAAGACGUCCAGACAGCACUGGUUACAAACCCGAUUAUAUUGGUUUUGAAACUCCGAACAAGUUUUUGGGUGGUUAUGCCUUGGAUUACAACGAAUACUUUCGAGACAUGGAUCACAUUUGUGUGGUGAAUGAUGCUGGUAAAAAGAAAUAUGCUAUAAGAUGAUUCGUCCUCUUUUGACCCCAAAAGUGACUUUAAUGCCAUAUAUUUUGCUUUCUUUUUUUAGUCACGCGACUCAAUCUAACUUUAAAUAAUGACAUUCUACUUAUCAAACAAUUCUGUGCACAUCUCACGACACAUCUUCUUGGUUUUUUAAGACUUCUCUUUCAUUCGACCUUUCUUGUUUAUAUUUUGAUAUAAUAUUUACGGCGCUAUUUUGAUGUAAUUUAGGAUAAUCUUUAUGCAAAAAGUAUUAAAAAAACGCAUCUUUUAACUCUCACUACGAAGUACCGGCGUCGCGAGAAGACUGAAAUAUCAACAUGCGUCUAUUAGUCAUAACUAGUGAUCACUUAACUUUGAGAUAUUAAGAUGCGGGUCCAUAUGAAAAAGAAUUUAAUUUCCUAUUCAGCAGUGCUCAACUUCUUCAACCUCGCGACAGUAGGUGGCCAGAAAUUGCGCUUAAUGGACGAAAUAUUGUGGGAUAAAAGACAAAAAUGAAUAAUAAAAUUAAUAUAUCAACCCUUUCACUGAGUAACUCUAACAACCAUUUAUCUGGUUUUCUCUCAUGUGCUCCUGAUAAUUGUUAUAAGAAAACGAGUUUAAAGUUUCCCUUCUUGCUUAGUCAUUUUGACAAUAAAACACUGUCGCUUAAUAAUUCUCCCGAUUGAUAAUUUUAUUAAUAUCGAGUUAAUUCCAACUCCCGCGCAUUUUUAAAUUUAUUGUUUACAAUAUUUUCUUUAUUUAACACAUUAAACUUUAGAAUGUAAAUAGUGUUUUAGUCAAUCUGAAGGACU